AUGAGUGCCAAGGCUGCCGCUACUCCCAUCCAGAAUCAUGCUUUGAGCCACGCCGAUGUGGAUGCGGAUCCAAAGACCCUUGACAUUAUCGACAAGCACGCCAAAUACACCCUCACGACCUACGGCCGCCCUCCCGUAGUCUUCACCCACGGCAAGGGCUCUUACCUCUACGACGUCGGCCAUCGUGAAUACCUCGAUUUCACCGCCGGAAUUGCCGUCAAUGCCUUGGGUCACUCCGACCCUGAGGUCGCUCGGGUCCUGUUUGAUCAGGCCAAACAGGUCGUCCAUCUCAGCAACCUGUAUUAUAACGUCCCCGCAGGAGAGCUGGCUGAGCAAUUGAUCGAGGCUACCCGUGCCUCGGGUGGCUUCCAGGCCAGUAAGAUCUUCUUUUCGAACUCGGGCACGGAGGCCAAUGAGGGUGCAUUGAAGUUUGCGCGCAAGGUUGCAAAAAUGACGGCCAAGCCUGGUCAGGAGAACAACAAGUUCGGAGUGGUUUCGUUCAAGAACGGAUUCCAUGGUCGCUCCAUGGGAGCAUUGUCGGCGACGCCCAAUCCCAAGUACCAAAAGCCGUUCUUGCCUCUGGUACCUGGAUUCACGCAUGCACCCUACGACGAUGUCGAGGCUGUCGAUCAGUAUGUGACCGAUGAGACCUGUGCGGUGAUUGUGGAGCCAGUCCAGGGAGAGGGCGGUAUCAACGUCGCGUCCGAGGCAUUCCUGAAGAAGCUGAGGACUCGUUGUGACGAAGUUGGAGCCAUGUUGAUCUUUGAUGAGAUUCAGUGUGGUUUGGGACGUACUGGAAAGCUGUGGGCCCAUCAGAACUUCUCAGCCGAUUGUGCCCCAGACAUGCUGACGAUGGCCAAACCCUUGGCCAACGGCUUUCCUAUCGGAGCCAUCAUGAUCACGGACAAGGUUGCCGAAAAGAUUGUUAUUGGUGAUCAUGGAACGACCUUUGGUGGUAACCCUCUGGGCUGCGCUGUCGCCUCAAGCGUUUUCCGCCGCAUCAGCACCCCGGAAUUCCUGGACAAUGUGCGCAAGAACGGCGACCAUUUCCGGGAACAGCUGGAAUCGAUUUCUUCGCCCUUGGUCAAGGAGGUUCGUGCGAAGGGCAUGAUCUUGGGUCUCGAGUUCAAGGUCGACCCUGCACCCUUGGUCAACCUUGCGCGGGAACGUGGUCUGUUGAUCAUCACGGCUGCAAACAACACGGUUCGGUUUGUGCCAGCAUUGAAUAUUUCGAAGGCAGAGAUUGACCAGGGAGUGGCGAUCUUGAAGCGGGCAAUCGAGGCGUUUGAGGACAAGACCAUGAAUGUCGAGGCAUAG